AGUGGAGGGAAGGAAUUCAUUUAGCUCCGACGACUGCAGAGGGAAACUGGUACAGCAGUCUGAAACACAAUAAUGCCCUCUACCAUGAUGCUUCUGGGUGUUUUGUUUGGCUUGCUGACCCAGGCGUGCACUCUACCCGUUAAGAAUUCUACUGGAGUGCACGAUGGGAAAGUGAGGUCGAAAAGGAAAUACUCAGAUGAAAUGUUGGACCGCGAUGAAAUGAAUACAAUGGAUCAAAUCCUGGAAGUCAACAGGAGAUUGCGAGGCCCCCGAGGGCUCACCUUCAGAGAGGGAGACAUUGCCAGCUCGUUUGCACGGAGUGCCAUAACUUGCCCAGGCAACGCCUGUAUGUGGCAAAAAUCAGUUGAUGGAUUUGUUUAUGUUCCCUUCAUGCUCUCCCCGCUAUACGAUGACAUGGACCGAAUCACCAUAGAAACUGGGAUGCAAGACAUCGCCUCGGGAACGUGUAUUAAAUUCGUUCCGCGCACUCACCAGGCCGACUUCCUGGAUAUUCAGCCUAGAUACGGCUGCUGGUCGUUUCUGGGGCAGACCGGAGGCAGCCAGGUCCUGUCGCUGCAGACCCCCGGCUGCAUGUGGUCAGGAGUGGCCUCGCACGAGCUGAUGCACGCCCUGGGCUUUGUCCACGAGCAGUCUCGCUCAGACCGCGACCAGUUUGUCUCCAUUGUGUGGAGAAACAUCAUGCCAGACCAAAUUCAUAACUUCAGGAAACAUGUGACGAACAAUCUGAAUAGUCCGUACGACUACAACUCUGUCAUGCAUUAUGGAAGAUAUGCCUUCUCUGAAGAUGGCGGACCAACAAUAAUCCCCAGACCAGAUCCUUAUGUUCCCAUUGGCCAGCGAGACGGACCCAGUAACCUAGAUCUUCAUAAAAUAAAUGUCCUAUAUAACUGUGGUGUCACUAAUUAACAGGCUGCAGUGUCAUAUUCUGAUGCCACACGUGUGACGUGUUUACAGUAACUUCUUGUAUUGAGUAGAGUAGUAAAGCAAUUUCAUCUUUCUAUAAUUGAAUUAUUAUCAGUUUGGUCUGUACUUAUAAAUUCUUUCAGUCAACUCUAAGGACAAUCUACUAAUGUGUGCUAAGAUAAGGAUGAACAAAAUAAGCAAGUAAGAAUUGAAAACUGCUUUUCUCUUACAUCAAUCAAUCACCGGUGUAGUUUUAAGCCUCCUGCUGCAUAUUAGAUCACCUCUGGUCGUUGAAUCGGCUUGUUUCUUUUUGUUGCCUCCUUAUCAGCUUCUGCUCACUUAAAAUAAAAAAAAUGCAACUGUAAUGGAGUAAUAGUCGGUUUUGUGCAUCGUCGUUUACAUCAAUGAGAUGUCUGGUAUUGCUUUGAGGUGGAAUAUAUUUGCUGUACGGAAUUUCUGUCUGACAAGAAUUAAACUUUUCUGCAGUGUGAA